AUGAUUGAACCCUUUGGUCAUGGCAAAGAGUGGCAAAAGGCAACAGUGACAAAACAAAUAGGACCAAGAUCAUAUGAAGUAAAGACAACAAAAGAUACCAAAUUGAUUAGAAACAGAAAACAUUCGAGACAAAUGAAACAGAACACAGUUAAAAAUCAGCAGGAGCUGAGCCAAGUGACUGGUAAAGGCAUGACCGGAGUAGGCUUGUCAUUGACAAGAACACCAAGUCAAGAAAAAACACAUAUAUGGAAAGACAUGACAAGAAAAUUGAAAAUUGAUUUAUCCGAACACAACUUCGUCCUCACUGAAAGUGAAAUGUACAUCAAAUCCGACAUUUCAACAAUGCAAGAAAUUAUGUUUGAAGAAUUCAGAAUGCCAGGACUCUACAUUGGCAACGAAUCCGCAUUCUCACUCAUUUGGCAUGGCAAGCCGACCGGCGUUAUUGUAGAUUGCGGUGAUUACAUUACGUCUGUUGUACCCUUUCACAACAAACAUCGUCUUUCGAAUAACUCUCUACUUAGCUACGGCGGUCGGAAUGUUACUCUGAAAUUUUUCACAAGUCUAUCUAGAGAGGGAUACGACGAGCUAGACUUUAGCAAUCCUCAUCAUUUUGAAGUAUUGAGAAAGAUUAACAAUUCAAAAUCAAGGUGCGAUCGAGGUCGGUCCAUGAGAUCUACAGGUGCAAGAGCAUAG